GAACUGUCUCAGGGGGGAGCGAACUGUCUCGGGGCGAAACUUUCCAGGGGCGAAGCGUCCCACGCUUCCGUCUCACUCAAGGCUAGAUGGCGCUAGAAACAUUUCUUCCUGUUUUCGGAAGGCUUUUUAUCAUGUGAAAAACAGUGAAUAUUUCAAAGAAAGAGAUAACCUGACAGGAAAACUACGUCACUUACCAUAUUAAAAUAUGGAUGUAGACGAUUCACCACGCAGUGGAGGCAGUACGCCUGUUUUGGACGAGCCAACAUACCAUGAUGAAGAAUCACAGGAGGGUACGGAGAUCAACAGAGCAGGUAGUGUCAGUGAACAGGGAAGUGAUAUUGGGUCUCCAAGAAACAGGGAGAUUAAUAUGGAUGAUGAUUAUGUGAGUGAUGGUGGAGAAGUAGAAAGAGAGGAAGUAGAAAGAGAUGUAGGAGAUGAUGAGGAUGCUGGACCAGCAUCACCGGAUGGGUUUGAUCCAGCAUCUGCUGAUGGUCCUUUGUCCCCUACAGACAGUAAUGGACCUAUGUCUCCAGAGCCGGAUGCAGGACCUGCAUCACCAGAUGGUAGUUUUGAAGAAAUCGUAUCCCCAGCAGGAGCCGGUCCAGCUUCACCAGAAGUCGGAUCUCGAGGUAGCAGUCCUCUUUCUCCUGAUUGGCCUGCAUCUCCAUCAGCUAAAUCUCCAAUGUAUAGUCCAAGUCCUGCUAGAAGCAGAAGUGGUUCACCAGAUGAAAAUGAAAGAGGCUCCCCUGCUAGAAGUCGUUCAGGAUCUGAGGUCAGAAGCAGGUCUGGAUCUCCAAGAAGUAGGUCAGCCUCCCCAGCAAGAAGUAGGUCUGGCUCCCCUGUUAGAAGUAAAUCUGGAUCCCCUGCAAGAAGUGGAUCAGGUUCUCCUAGAAGCAGGUCAGGUUCACCAAGAAGUAGAUCAGGAUCCCCAGUAAGAAGUAGGUCAGGAUCCCCAGUAAGAAGUAGGUCAGGGUCACCAAGAAGCAGGUCAGGUUCACCAAGAAGUAGGUCAGGAUCCCCAGUAAGAAGUAGGUCAGGGUCACCAAGAAGCAGGUCAGGGUCACCAAGAAGCAGGUCUGGAUCUCCAAGAAGCAGGUCUGGAUCUCCAAGAAGCAGGUCAGGAUCACCAAGAAGCAGGUCAAGAUCGAGAAGUUUUUCACGUUCAAGAUCUGGAUCCCCAAGAAGUAGGUCUGGUUCUAGAAGCAGGAGUCGUUCCGGAUCUCCACGAAGCAGGUCAGCAUCACCAGCAGCCAGAAGUGACGAGGAAAAGGAGAAGGAAAAAGCACCUGGCAGUGAUGAUGAAAAUGACAUUGACAAAGAUGAAUUGAUAGCAGAUAUUUUUGGCUCAAGUGAUGAAGAUGAGGAGUUUGAGGGUUUUGAAGAAGCUGACGUGGAAGCUGCAAAGAAGAAGAAGGAGAAAAAGAAAGGAAAGGAAUCUAAGGCUAUUGUGUCUGAUGAUGAAGAAGGGGGCGGAGUUACAGGACAGGUGGAGAACCAGGAAGUGGUCCCCAAUAUAUCAUCGGAUGAGGAAGUUGACAAAUUUGAUUUUGUAUCAGAUUUUGAUUUGAUGUUAAUGAAAAAGAAAGAUGAAAUGAGGAAAAGAAAGAAGCGUCGGCGGGAUGUGGACAUAAUUAAUGAUAAUGAUGACCUUAUAGUAGAUAUGAUUGUCAAAAUGAAGGAAGCUGCAGAGGAUGACCGUGCACUCAAUAUGCAGAAGAAACCCGCCAUAACCAAACUGAAAAUGCUGGGCCAUGUGGUAUCUCAACUGAAAAAAGCUGAUCUUCACUUGGCCUUCCUCGAUUGUGGAAUACUCAGUGCGAUGACGGAAUGGCUGGCCCCUCUUCCAGACAAAAGUCUGCCCCAUUUACAGAUCCGUGAACAGUUUUUACGACUUCUUCAUGAGUUUCCAGCCAUUAGCAAAGAGGGAUUAAAGACCAGUGGAAUUGGUAAAGCCAUUAUGUAUCUGUACAAACAUCCAAAAGAAACCAAGGAAAACAAAGACAGGGCUGGGAAACUCAUCAAUGAGUGGUCCAGACCCAUUUUUAGCUUGACGUCAAAUUUUAAGAAGUUGUCCAAAGAAGAAAGAGAGGAAAGAGAUUAUGAACAGCUGCCCAAAAAAAGGAGAGUCAGUUCAGAGGGAAUGACACCAAGAAGAGACAUCGACAAAGCUUUAGAGGGAGAAGAUAAGCAAUUAAGACCAGGAGAUAAGGGCUGGAUAAAUAGAGCGAGGGUACCAAUGCCCUCUCACAAGGACUAUGUCGUCCGUCCAAAGUGGGAAGUGGAGGAAGAACUUCAAGCAAAGAGUUCUGGAAAGAAGCCUCCUUCAAGAUAUGAUAAGCAUGUGAGGGCAUUUGCAGAGAAAAAGAAAUUCAAUAAAGCGCAGAGGGCUGUGACAAUCAGUAUUGAGGGCAGAAAUAUGGCCCUCUGAUAAGUGAGAAAGAACUUCAAGGGGGAGUGCAUAAAUGUAACUCUAUAAAUUCUUGAAAUUAGCAGCGGAACAUCAGAAAUAUGACCCGUUGACUUCUGCAACAGUGAAGCGGUGCAUUGUUUGAUGCAGGCAGUUGCAGAUACAAGUGUUUUCUGAUACCUAGCUCAAUAUACAUGUACAUAAAACACACCAGUCUUUGUGUACAUGUAAGUAUUUGAGUAAUUGUUUUGAUAAAUCUGUUCUGCUGGAUCUAGGGACUCGUCAGAAGAGAUGUACAGUCUGUGUACCAAGCAUAGUAUCCUCUCUCAUCACUCUGUGGUGAUUCAUUUUGAAAAGAUGCAGACAAGAUCAUUUGAACAAUUUCAAUAACAUUUUCAGUAUGUGGUCAAGCAUUAGCAUCUAUAUAUAUAGAGUGUCCAAACUAUUUAUAAAUCUUUUAGGAGCAAAGAAUUUUAUAAAGAAAGUUGCACUUUUAAAAAUUUCUCCUUUAGAAGCAAAAAAAAAAAAAUUUUUAACGAAUUUUUUAUAAGAAUAAUUGUUUUUCAGGUGCAUGAAAGUAUCUUUUCAUGAAUUUUCAAUUGAAAAAAUGUAAAAACAAUUGAAAUGUCAAGGUCAUAGAUAAUAAAGGUCAUGAUGCAGAACCACACCUGUAAAGGUUAUUAAACAGGACAUUAAAUGUGGUCACACUUGGUGGCUUAGUGCUUCAAACACAUUUGCUUUUUUUUUUUAGUAUUUUACAUAACAUGGUUGUUGCAAAAUAUUUUAUUGGGAUGAAAUUUAUAUUGUACAUCAAAACCCAGUAUCUCUCAGGAGAGACAGUAAUUUUGUCUAUAAAGAUGGAAGAACCAUU